AUGUUGAGAACAGGGGUUAGUCGAGCACGUAGUUGCUUCCAUAGACAGCUAUCGACGCUAUUAACGAAAGAUCCGAACCGGAUAACUCCACCAGAUGUCACUCAUCCAUCAAUCAACCGUGAUGAUGAAGAUGGAAGAACCAAACUAGUCAGUGCCAUUGCAAAUUCUACAAACCCAGACAAGUCGGAAUUGUAUACUCUCUUGAUACCCACGUUUGGUCCAUAUUUUCAACUAGCUAAAAGUGGCAUAGCUGAUGAAAAUCUUUUGCGGCAUUUUAUCAAAAUCAAUCCUGGGAGAGUGCUCGACACAUUUGAUCUUCUUGACAAACAUCAAAUUCCCAAUACGAGUGACGAAUUCAAGAGAGAUGUUUUAAAGAAACUAGUACUGGAGUACAAUAAAAAUGAGGAGCUAACAAUAGAUCGAGUAAUUGGUUAUUUAAACCAGCAUUUUGAUUCUAUAGAGGAGUUGCAUUUCCAAGAGUUGUUUGCUACUUUACUUCAACGUCGGGAUGUGACUCAGAUGGAUUCAUUCAUUUCCAAUGUUGGCGUUGAUACGAACCUUUUAUUGAAGGAAUUGUUUGAAAAUUUUGAUGAUCCAUUGGCCAAAUUUGCUUUGAUGAGAAGCUUUCAAUGUUGGUUCAAAGAACCCGAGUCGAUCAAACCUUGGAUAUAUGCAGUCAUUCUUGAUAUUUUAAACUUCCGGUCGCAACAAUUCCUUGUCAUAUAUGACAAAGCUGGUUGCAAGUUGAACAUUGAUGAGUUGAAUGACAAGGUUAUAAAGUACAUCAUUGAGUCAAAGAUUGACGUGAAGGCGGAAAACUUAGUGUUAAGAAAAGAGUUAAUCGAAGUGCUCGGCAUUGCUCAAAACAAUCUUGGUGAAGCAUUAAAGCAGUUUCAAAAGUAUGAGUCGUACUGCAAGUAUGGAAUUUCUAACGUACAAGUGGCUAUGGUCAAGGCCAUCUCUUACCAAGCGAUUAAACAAGACAAGGAGAUAUUCAAAACAAUGGCAGAAACAAUGAUUCCACCUGACUUGACAAUCCAACUUUUGCAAGUCCUCAUUAUCCUCAAAUCAUACUUUAAUCCCAAUGAUGGAUUAACUUUGUAUAAUGAUUACGUGAAUGGAGUGUCUGGGGUAGUCAAAGAUGGCUCGUCUCAAAAGGGGUUGCUUACACAAUCGGCAAUACUAGGAUUCCUUAUGAACAAUGAUCGUGAGUUUGCCUUCCUCUUGUUUGAUAAGGCUGUUGAAAAUGGAAUUAUUGUAGAUGAGUCUGAAAUUGCAACAACCAAAAAACUAUUCAAAGCGUAUAGUGAUUGCUUUGUUGAAGAUGAGAAUUGGGAUACAUCAGCAAGACUUAAGAUGAAGGAUGUCGUUUUGAACUAUGUUGAGAAUAUUGGGGCGUUACAGGUGAAAUUGUUGGCCUCGAUUGAAGAAGGAAUGUGA